CAGUCUAACUUGCUACACUGUGAACUUCACCACUGGAAAGUAACAAAGGCAGUCAUUGGCAUAAAAAUGGGUUCUCUCAGCACAGCUAACGUUGAAUUUUGCCUUGAUGUGUUCAAAGAGCUGAACAGUAACAACAUAGGAGAUAACAUCUUCUUUUCUCCGCUAAGUCUACUUUAUGCUCUAAGCAUGGUCCUCCUUGGUGCCAGGGGAGAGAGUGCAGAGCAACUAGAGAAGGUGCUUCAUUUUCAUCAUACUGUAGACUCAUUAAAACCAGGGUUCAAGGACUCAUCUAAGUGCAGCCAAGCCGGAAGAAUUCAUUCCGAGUUUGGUGUCUUAUUCUCUCAAAUCAACCAGCCAGACUCUAACUAUACCCUCAGCAUUGCCAACAGGCUCUACGGGACAAAGACAAUGGCAUUCCAUCAGGAAAAGUCACAAAUCUCUUUGGAAAGGGCACAAUUGACCCUUCAUCUGUAAUGGUCCUGGUGAAUGCCAUAUAUUUCAAAGGACAAUGGCAAAAUAAAUUUCAAGAAAGAGAGACACUUAAAAGUCCUUUUCAGCUAAGUGAGGGUAAAAAUGUAACUGUGGAAAUGAUGCAUCAAAUUGGAACAUUUAAACUGGCCUUCCUAAAGGAGCCGGAGAUGCAAGUUCUUGAGCUGCCCUACGUUAACAACAAAUUAAGCAUGAUUAUUCUGCUUCCAGUAGGCACAGCUAAUGUGAAACAGAUAGAAAAGCAGCUGAAUUCGAGGACGUUUCAUGAGUGGACCAGCUCUUCUAACAUGAUGGAAAGAGAAGUUGAAGUACAUCUUCCCCGAUUCAAACUUGAAAUUAAGUAUGAGCUAAAUUCCCUGUUAAAAUCUCUAGGGAUGACAGAUCUCUUCAACCAGGUCAAAGCUGAUCUUUCUGGAAUGUCACCAACCAAGGGUCUAUAUUUAUCAAAAGCCAUCCACAAGUCAUACCUGGAUGUCAGCGAAGAGGGCACGGAGGCAGCAGCCGCCACUGGGGACAGCAUCGCUGUGAAAAGCCUACCCAUGCGAGCUCAGUUCAAGGCGAACCACCCCUUCUUGUUCUUUAUAAGGCACACUCAUACCAAUGUAAUUCUAUUCUGUGGCAAGCUUGCCUCUCCCUAAUCAGAUGGGGGUGAGCAAGUGUCAGAGUUGCAGAUGAGAUGCAGAGACAAUCCUGUGACUUUCCCAUGGCCAAAAAGCUCACACCUCACACACCUCUGUGCCUCAGUUUGCUCAUCUGCAAAACAGGUGUAGGAUCUCUUCCAACAAUUUCAUGAGUUGUGAAGCUAAGGCUUUGUUAAUCAUAGAAUAAGGUGGAUUUAUGCAGAAAGCUUUCUGGCUUUCUUAUCUGUGGUGUCUCGUUUGAUUGCUGUCCAGUGACAUGAUCAAGUCAAUGAGUAAAAUUUUAAGGGAUUAGAUUUUCUUGACUUGUAUAUAUUUGUGAGAUCUUGAAUAAGUGACGUGACAUCUCUGCUUAAAGAAAACCAGCUGAAGGGCUUCAGCUUUGCUUGGAUUUUUAAAUUUUUUCCUUACAUAUGUAAAUAGAAUGCGGUGAGUUUUAGUUCAAAAUUCUGUGUUGAGAAUAAUAAAUGCAUGGAAUACCUUAAAGCUC